AUGAGGAGGUUUUUGGUUAAGAGAGCAAGGACUGAAAAUAUGAACGAUGUGCAACCUGAAGUAGAACUGGAGCAAAGGACUGAAAAUGUGAAUGAUGCGCAGCCUGAAAUAGAAGUAGAGCAACCAGCGCCUAGCGUUGCCAAUGAAUUCAAUCCAAAUGCGAUUGAGCGCGAUCCGGGAAAGAGGAAACAAAUUUGUGAGUAUCCUCCUAAUAUUCAAGACCAAGUGAGGAGAGCAUAUAUAUUGAAGGGUCCAAUGCAACCAGAUGUGCAAAAGUACCAUCGUACUGAAUUUGGAAGUUCGCGUUCCUCAAGAGCAUUUUCUAAAUCUUGGUAUAAAAGUUACGAAUGGAUAGAAUACAGUGAGUGGAAGAAUGCAGCUUAUUGUUUUUAUUGUUUUCUCUUUAAGCAACCUGGAAGGGCCGAGCACUUCGGUUAUGAAGUCUUCACCAAAGAGGGAUUUACAGAUUGGAAGCAUGCGUCUAAAGGCUUCAAAGAUCAUAUUGGUGGACAUGGUAGUAAGCACAACUCUUGUGUCAAGCAUUAUGAUGAUUAUAAUAAUCAAAGACAAAGUGUGGCAAGCACUCUUGCUAGAGCAAGCAAGGAAUCAGAAGAAAUGUAUAAGAUUCGCUUAACUUGUUCUGUAAGUUGUUCAAGGUAUCUCAUGGCACAAGGCUUGGCAUUCCGUGGACAUGAUGAAUCAGCUACUUCUCUAAACAAGGGAAACUUUAGAGAGAUGAUAGAUUUGGAAAAAACUAAGAAUGAGCAAGUCAGAGAUGCUUUUGACCGUGGUGGAAGAAAUUGCACAAUGACAUCUGGCGACAUUCAAAAGGAGCUUGCAAUGUGUUGUGCACAUGAAGUUAGCAAGAAGAUCAUGGCAGAGCUUGGUGAUAAACAAUUCUCGGUGCUUAUUGAUGAAUCACGUGAUAUAUCUGUGAAAGAGCAAAUGGCUGUGAUGUUGAGGUUUUUGAAUGACGAAGGGAAGGUUGUGGAAAGAUUUCUUGCUCUGCAUCAUGUCAAAGAUACUACGUCCAACUCACUAAAGGAUGCACUUUAUGGUAUUCUUGAUCAUUAUAAGUUAUCAAUUUCAAGGAUACGGGGUCAAGGAUAUGAUGGGGCUUCAAAUAUGAGAGGUGAAUUUAACGGUUUGCAGAAAAAGAUCAUAGAUGAAAACCCUUAUGCUUUCUACGUUCAUUGUUAUGCUCACCGCCUGCAGUUGGUGGUUGUGUCUGUUGCUAGUAGUUGCUCAUCUAUUCAUGAUUUCUUUGAGUACAUCUCCUUGAUUGUGACCACAACAACAACAUCUUGCAAGAGAAGGGAUGCAUUGAUCGAGGCACAACACCAAGAUAUUCUGGAUAGACUUGAGAGUGGUGAGAUAUCUACUGGAAGGGGCUUGCACCAAUCAUCUACUCUUCCUAGACCGGGAGAUACUAGAUGGGGUUCACAUCAUACUACCUUACUUCGUUUGGAUCAAAUGUGGUCCUCUGUGUUAAAGGUGCUUAGUACAGUUGAUGAAUAUGGACGUGGACCAUCUCAAGCAGCGGGUUUGAUAGAAAAAAUGGAGAGCUUUAAAUUUGCUUUCAUUCUAAAGCUUAUGUUGAAGUUAUUUGGCAUCACAAAUGAGCUUUCAAAAGUACUGCAAAGAAAAGAUCUUAAUAUUGUUCUUGCCAUGGAAUUAGUUAAUGAUGUUAAGGCUCGGUUGGAAACGUUCAGAGAGAGUGGUUGGGACAAUUUAUUUGGUGAUGUCCAAGAAUUUUGUGGUGCUAAUAGUAUUCUAGUACCAAAUAUGGACGAAGUAAUACCAGUUCGUGGUCGUUCAAGGAGAGAAGGGAGGACGGUCACUAAUCUUCACCAUUACCGUGCAGAGAUUUUUUAUGUUGCCAUUGACAAAAUAUGUGUGGAGAUGGAUCACCGCUUUAGUGAAGGGGCAAAUUGUGUGCUUGAUUGCUUCUCAUGUCUUGAUCCCAAGGACUCUUUCUCCAAGUUCAAUGUUGAUAAACUUGCUCGUCUUGCUGAAAUUUAUCAUGAAGACUUCUCUAAUGAUGAUCGUGGAACAAUAAGAGAUCAGCUCCUCACUUACAUAAGCCAAGUGAAAAGGCAUGCUUCUUUUUCUACUUGUGAUGAUGUUCAAAGUUUGGCUAUGAAGAUGGUUGAAACUAAGAAAAAUUUGGUAUUUCCAUUGGUAUACAAACUUAUUGAGUUGGCAUUGAUAUUGCCGGUGUCAACCGCAUCUGUUGAGAGAGCAUUUUCAGCAAUGAAAAUCAUCAAGAAUAAAUUGCGUAGCAAGAUCAACAACGAAUGGUUCAAUGACUUGAUGAUAUGUUACACCGAGCGGGCAUUAUUCAAGUUAGUUGAUGAUAAGGAUAUUAUUCGAACAUUUACAACAAUGAAGUCUCGGAGAGGACAUUUGCCUCGUGAUUUUCUUUAGCGCACUAUUGGUAUGUUCCAUCUCACUUUUUCUAUUGCUACAAGCUCUCUGUUUUGAAUAACAAAUCCAUUUUCUUAUCCUGUAGUGUCUUCCAGGAUGUAUUGAUGGUGUCUCAUGGUGGUUUAGACGGCUACACUUUUGGUGGCAAGAUAGAUAGUUUGGCUGAGCGGCUCUAUGCUUCGCCCUAUUCUGUGACUUUUGUUGUCAAGUCACAACUUCAUUUGCUCUCUGAAAUGAAAUUUUGAUAUAUUAGUUCACUUUAAAAAUUACAUUUAUGUGACUGUUAUGUUUGUAUUUUUACUUAAAUAUCAAUGUGGAUUUGUGCUUUGCAA